GGAUCCUGGUGGGGGCUCCGCGGGCCAGAGGACUGGGCGUGAUGCGGAGGCAGCGCCCUGGCGCCCUGUACCGCUGUCCAAUCACAGGCGAGGAGUUUGACUGCGAGCGUGUGGACAUCGAUGGAGACGUAAACCUCGACCAGGAAAGCAAGGACAACCAGUGGCUAGGAGUGACAGUCAAGAGCCAGGGGAUUGGAGGAAAGGUGGUGGUUAGUACACAGUACACAACCACACAGAGGUUUCCCUGACCAACUCCAAAUCAAAUCAAAUUGUAUUUACCACAUGCACCGAAUACAACAGGUGUAGUAGACCUUACAGUGAAAUGCUUACUUACAAGCCCUUAACCAACAAUGCAGUUUUAAGAAAAAUAAGUGCUAAGUAAAAAAUAGAUAACAAAAAAUAAAUUUUAAUAAAUAAUUAAAGAGCAGCAGUAAAAUAAUAGUAGCGAAGCUGUAUACAGGGGGUACCGGUACAGAGUCAAUGUGCUGGGGGCACCGGUUAGUCGAGGUAAUUACUUUACUAUGUACAUGUAGGUAGAGUUAAAGUGACUAUGCAUAGAUAAUGAACAGAGAAUAGCAGCAGACUGCCUCUUGAAGGAAGGAAAAUGUCAAAGCAACGCCCAAAAAGGGAUUUGAACCCUCAGAUUAAAUGUCUGAUGCUCUACCGACUGAGCUAUCCUGGCUCUAACUUUACAUAUUGCAAUACACCUCAACAGAGUAGCAGCAGCGUAAAAUGCAAAUAGUCCGGGUAGCUAUUUGAUUAGCUCUUCAGCAGUCUUAUGGCUUGGGGGUAGAAGCUGUUAAGAAGCCUUUUGGACCUAGACUUGGUGCUCCGGUACCACUUGCCGGGCGGUAGCAGAGAGAACAAUCUAUGACUAGGGUGUCUGGAGUCUUUGACAAUAUUUAAGGCCUUCCUCUGACACCGCCUGGUAUAGAGGUCCUGGAUGGCAGGAGCUUGGCCCCUGUGAUGUACUGGGCUGUACGCACUACCUUCUGUUGUGCCUUGCGGUCGGAGGCCGAGCAAUUGCCAUACCAGGCAGUGAUGCAACCAGUCAGGAUGCUCUCGAUGGUGCAGCUGUAGAACUUUUUGAGGAUCUGAGGACCCAUGUCAAAUAUUUUCAGUCUCCUGAGGGGGAAUAGGCUUUGUCCUCUUCACGACUGUCUUGGUGUGUUUGUACCAUGAUAGUUUGUUGGUGAUGUGGACACCAAGGAACUUGAAGCUCUCAACCUGCUCCACUACAGCCCCGUCGAUGAGAAUGGGAGUGUGCUCGGUCGUCUUUUUCCUGUAGUCCACAAUCAUUUCCUUUGUCUUGAUCACAUUGAGGGAGAGGUUGUUAUCCUGGCAACACACGACCAGGUCUCUGACCUCCACCCCAUAGGCUGUCUCAUCGUUGUCGGUGAUCAGGCCUACCACUGUUGUGUCGUCAGCAAACUUAAUGAUAGUGUUGGAGUCGUGCCUGGCCAAGCUGGUAGAGCACGGCGCUUGUAACGCCAAGGUAGUGGGUUCGAUCCCCGGGACCACCCAUACACAAAAAAAAAAUAAAUGUAUGCACGCAUGUCUGUAAGUCGCUUUGGAUAAAAGCGUCUGCUAAAUGGCAUAUUAUUAUUAUUAUUAUGCAGUCAUGGGUGAACAGGGAGUACAGAAGGGGACUGAGCACGCACCCCUGAGGGCCCCCCCGUGUUGAGGAUUAGCGUGGCAGAUGUGUUAUUACCUACCCUUACCACCUGGGGGCGGCCUGUCAGGAAGUCCAGGAUCCAGUUGCAGAGGGAGGUGUUUAGUCCCAGGGUCCUUAGCUUAGUGAUGAGCUUUGAGGGAACUAUGGUGUUGAACACUGAGCUGUAGUCAAUGAACAGCAUUCUCACAUACAGUGAGGAGAACAAGUAUUUGAUACACUGCCGAUUUUGCAGAUUUUCCCACUUACAAAGCAUGUAGAGGUCUGUAAUUUUUAUCAUAGGUACACUUCAACUGUGAGAGACGGAAUCUAAAACAAAAAUCCAGAAAAUCAUAUUGUAUGAUUUUUAAGUAAUUAAUUUGCAUUUUAUUGCAUGACAUAAGUAUUUGAUCACCUACCAACCAGUAAGAAUUCCGGCUCUCACAGACCUGUUCGUUUUUCUUUAAGAAGCCCUCCUGUUCUCCACUCAUUACCUGUAUUAACUGCACCUGUUUGAACUCGUUACUUGUAUAAAAGACACCUGUCCACACACUCAAUCAAACAGACUCCAACCUCUCCACAAUGGCCAAGACCAGAGAGCUGUGUAAGGACAUCAGGGAUAAAAUUGUAGACCUGCACAAGGCUGGGAUGGGCUACAGGACAAUAGGCAAGCAGCUUGGUGAGAAGGCAACAACUGUUGCCGCAAUUAUUAGAAAAUGGAAGAAGUUCAAGAUGACGGUCAAUCACCCUCGGUCUGGGGCUCCAUGCAAGAUCUCACCUCGUGGGGCUUCAAUGAUCAUGAGGAAGGUAAGGGAUCAGCCCAGAACUACACGGCAGGACCUGGUCAAUGACCUGAAGAGAGCUGGGACCACAGUCUCAAAGAAAACCAUUAGUAACACACUACGCCGUCAUGGCAAGGUCCCCCUGCUCAAGCCAGCCAUUGUCCAGGCCCGUCUGAAGUUUGCCAAUGACCAUCUGGAUGAUCCAGAGGAGGAAUGGAAGAAUGUCAUGUGGUCUGAUGAGACAAAAAUAUAGCUUUUUGUCUAAACUCCACUCACCGUGUUUGGAGGAAGAAGAAGGAUGAGUACAACCCCAACAACACCAUCCCAACCGUGAAGCAUGGAGGUGGAAAUAUCAUUCUUUGGGGAUGCUUUUCUGCAAAGGGGAAAGGACGACUGCACCAUAUUGAGGGGAGGAUGGAUGGGGCCAUGUAUCGCGAGAUCUUGGCCAACAACCUCCUUCCCUCAGUAAGAGCAUUGAAGAUGGGUCGUGGCUGGGUCUUCCAGCAUGACAACGACCCGAAACACACAACCAGGGCAACUAAGCAGUGGCUCCGUAAGAAGCAUCUCAAGGUCCUGGAGUGGCCUAGCCAGUCUCCAGACCUGAACCGAAUAGAAAAUCUUUGGAGGGAGCUGAAAGUCCGUAUUGCCCAGCGACAGCCCCGAAACCUGAAGGAUCUGGAGAAGGUCUGUAUGGAGGAGUGGGCCAAAAUCCCUGCUGCAGUGUGUGCAAACCUGGUCAAGACUUACAGGAAACGUAUGAUCUCUGUAAUUGCAAACAAAGGUUUCUGUACCAAAUAUUAAGUUCUGCUUUUCUGAUGUAUCAAAUACUUAUGUCAUGCAAUAAAAUGCAAAUUAAUUACUUAAAAAUCAUACAAUGUGAUUUUAUGGAUUUGUGUUUUAGAUUCCGUCUCUCACAGUUGAAGUGUACCUAUGAUAAAAAGUACAGACCUCUACAUGCUUUGUAAGUAGGAAAAUCUGCUAAAAUCGGCAGUGUACCAAAUACUUGUUCUCCACAAUGUAGGUGUUCCUUUUGUCCAGGUGGGAAAGGGCAGUGUGGAGUGCUGUAUAGAUUUUAUCAUCUGUGGAUCAGUUGGGGCGGUAUGCAAAUUGGAGUGGGUCUAAGGUUUCUUGGAUAAUGGUGUUGAUGUGAGCCAUGACCAGCCUUUCAAAGCACUUCAUGGCUACAGACGUGAGUGCUACGGGUCGGUAGUCAUUUAGGCAGGUUAUCUUAGUGUUCUUGGGCACAGGGACUAUGGUGGUCUGCUUGAAAAAUGUAGGUAUUACUGAUUCAGUCAGGGACAGGUUGAAAUGAUGUCGUCCCUAUAAGCUCGGAUGCAGAUGUUUCCCUGGUCAGUUUGAGUGGUUAGGAUAGCGUUUUCCAAACUCGCCCUUGCACAACACAGCUGAUUCAAAUAAUCGACUAAUCAUUAAGCUUUGGGCAAAAACCAAAAAGGGCACGUGCACCCCUUGGGGUAGCCAGGACCGAGUUUGGGAAACGCUGGGUUAGGAAACACUCAUGUUUGUAGAAUAGUCAACCAUCUAUUGUAGUUGUCUCAGUUAUGCUGAGAUUGUACUGUGGGACCUCUUCAAUGAACCAGACCUGUGGGCUUCUUUAAUGAACCAGACCUGUGGGACCUCUUCAAUGAAUCAGACCUGUGGGACCUCUUCAAUGAACCAACCUGUGGGACCUCUUCAAUGAACCAACCUGUGGGACCUCUUUAAUGAAUCAGACCUGUGGGACCUCUUCAAUGAACCAGACCUGUGGGACCUCUUUAAUGAAUCAGACCUGUGGACCUCUUCAAUGAACCAGACCUGUGGGACCUCUUCAAUGAAUCAGACCUGUGGGACCUCUUCAAUGAAUCAGACCUGCGGGACCUCUUCAAUGAUCCAGACCUGUGGGACCUCUUCAAUGAACCAGAUCUGUGGUACCUCUUUAAUGAAUCAGACCUGUGGGACCUCUUCAAUGAAUCAGACCUGUGGGACCUCUUCAAUGAAUCAGACCUGUGGGACCUCUUUAAUGAAUCAGACCUGUGGGACCUCUUCAAUGAACCAGACCUGUGGGACCUCUUCACUGAACCAGACCUGUGCCCACCUGUACGAGUUGUGUUUAGCAUGUCUGUAGUGAAGUAGACCAUCUAUUCCAGUUGCUUAGCUUCUCUUCUGCCUCUGUCCAAACCUAUGGGACCUCUUCAAUGAACCUACUACUAUAUACCUCUCCCGCCCCUUUUUCAGACGUGUGCCCACCUGUACGAGCUACGUCAGCGUGUGAGCCAGCCGUUGGAGACGCGAGACCCCAUCGGGCGUUGCUACGUGCUCAGUGAGGACCUGACAGAGAGGGACGAUCUGGAUGGAGGGGAGUGGAAGUUCUGUGAGGGGCGACCCCAGGGACACGAACAGUUUGGCUUCUGUCAGCAGGGCCUGUCUGCCGCCUUCACACCUGACAACCAAUAUAUCAUGUUCGGAGCUCCUGGAACGUACAACUGGAAAGGUACGGUGACACACUUUUUAAAAUUAUCUCAUUGAGACACACCUGUAUAAAUACAGGUUAAAUAAUGAUGACUGACACCUGAGGUGUUUCAAAUGAUAGUUCACUCAAAAGUCAAAGCUUGUUGUGAGAUGUUUUCAGACACUUAAAAGUGACAAGAUAAGUCCACGUCUUAUUGUGUCGAUUCAGCUAAUAUAUGCCUUUACUUUACUUACUGAAUGGGGGAAAAUAUUUUGGCACUGUCUGAAAGAAUGAAAUUAGACUGAAAAUAUCUUAUUGGAGGUUUUUUUGUCCGUUUUUCGCUUACAGUUGUCUUAGAUGUAGAAGCAUAGUGCAAAAAAACCAAAACAAAAACACAUUCUGUUUACAUAAAAAAAAAUCUGUGGACAAAUCAUUGAUUUAUAAGCCAAUCUACUGAUUGGCCUCAGCAGUCCUACUGAUCGAUCAAAGUGAUUGAUUCCCAGCAGUUAGUUACUGGUCUGAUGGAUGGAACUGUCAUUAUUUAACGUCAGGGAUCAAUAUGGCUGAAAUUAUGGACCACUGUAUCAUAUAUUAAACAGGCCUUAGGUAGAGUCACGAUUUACAUGAUAUGGUACUUGACAUUUUCACUGUGGAACCCUAGAGAUGGUGUACUUUGUCCUGUACUUAUCUGUUUUGUAUGUGUUUGUUGUGUAUGUUUGAAAAUGGAAGUGUGUGUUUGGCAAUAGAGAGAGAGAGAGAGAGAGAGAGAGAGAGAGUGUUGCGAGUGGGUGUGUGUGAGAGAGAAAGAGACGAGAGAGAAGAGGAAGGGAGACAGAGAGAGAGAGAGAGAAGAGAGGGGGAGGGGAGAGAGAGGAGGGGGAGGGAGAGAGAGAGGGGAGGGAGGGAGGGCGAGAGGAGAGGGAGGGAGGGAGGGAGAGAGAGAGAGGGGGAGGGAUGGAGGGAGAGAUGAGAGAGAGGGAGGUGGGUAUAGUCAAAUUCAGCUCAACUUAUGAUUUAUUAUUCCUUGGUCAUGAUGCUUAAAACGACGGUCCAAAAACAUGAAAACAGAACUACACAAUAGGAACGAAUUCAAGUGCUAUAGCUACACAUUUAAAGUGAAACGUGCCAAUUAGCUGUAUAAUGGAGGGACCCCAACCAGACUAUCUAUUCAUACCGCCUAAUUGGGCUGUUGGAAUCAAACCGGUCACCCAUAUCUAUCAGUUUUAAUUUUCUUUUGAAGAAGUCUCUUUCCCCUUGUCCGGCUGCUGCUGUGACUGAGUUUUGAGUGAAGGGGAUGGGUACUGUCCUGUAAAAUGCUGUCAAGUUUUAGGAAGAUGAGUUUUGUGUACAGGUUGGUGGCUGAUUCUUGAUCUAUACCAAUUAUCCUUCCCGCCGUCUUAAUCAAGCGCUGAAGCUUGACUUGGUCUCGCAUGUUUCUGAACACGCAUAUCAGACCAAAGGACAGCACACUCUGCAGGACAGAUUUAUAGAACAUUUGUAAGAUAUGGCGGUCGACAUUAAAAUGGUUCAGUUUAUGUAAAAAAACAUUCUCUGUUGCAAUUUCUUUAUCUUUGCAAAGGCACAGUCAUUGAAUUUCAGUUUAUUGUCUAUUUCGAUUCCCAGGUACUUACAGUAUAUGUGGUCACUCUAUCGACUGAGUCCCUAUUGAUCUUUGUAGGGGGUAAUGGAGUUUUAUUCCUUCUGAAAUUAAGAGAGGGAGAGAGAUAGAGAGGAAGAGAGAAAGAGGGAGAGAGGAUAGAGGGAGGAGAGAGAAGAGAGAGAGAAGAGAGAUAGAGAGAAAGAGGGAGAGAGAUAGAGAGGAAGAGAGAAAGAGAUAGAGGGAGGAGAGAGGAGAGAGAGAGAGAGAGAGAGAGGAGAGAGAGAGAGAGAGAGAGAGAAAGAGGGAGAGAGAUAGAGGGAGGUUGAGAGAAAGAGGAGAGAGAGAGAGAGAGAGAAAGAGGGAGAGAGCGAAUGUGUAUCUGUGUCUGUCUGUGUGUCUGUGUGUGUGUCUGAGUGUCUGUGUCCUCUAACUCUGUUCCUUCCAGGAGAGAUGCGUGUCCAGCUACUAAACCAGACUCUACUGGAUCUGGGUUUCUAUGACGACGGGCCCUAUGAGGUGGCGGAUGAGAAACAGCUGAAUGCUCAGCUGAUCCCUGUUCCCUACCAUAGUUACCUGGGUAGGACCGACCGUCCCUGCCCAGCCCUCUCCUGCUCCUCUCACACAGCUGUCUGCCUGCUGCCCUGUCUCACCAGAGAUCACUGAGCACUGCACAGGACAGGACAGGAGAGGGGCAGGGAAGGACAACAACAACAGACUGACGACACACUGUACUCAAAAUAAAUACAUAUCCCAGACCUAGAGGACCCAGAGUAGCUACUAAGAGGGCUCUAGAAAGGCAGACAGGCCUAGUCUAAACUGGCCCAGGGCAGUGCGGUGCAGACAAGAGCCACUGGUCAAAAGUAGUGGACUAGAUAAAGAACAGGGUGGCAUUUCAGACACACCCUAGUACUGUUUCUCUGUUUCUCCCGUGUCCGUAGGGUCCAUCCCUGACCCUGGUCUGUUAUGAGGGAGUGGGACUCACGUAGGGUCCAUCCCUGACCCUGGUCUGUUAUGAGGGAGUGUGACUCACGUAGGGUCCAUCCCUGACCCUGGUCUGUUAUGAGGGAGUGUGACUCACCAGAGCUAAAACCAGACAGCUCCACUCGGAAUAAUCUCCCACAUGAAGUAGCUACCGUAGGAAUGGACCAAUCAUGAUAGAAAUAUCCUCAGACAUGCAGAGAGACUCUGUGCACUGCGGUUGCCAACGGGAAAAUACCUUUCCUAACUGCUGGGGUCAGAAAUAUUACAAUAUUAUAAUAGGCUACUUAAGAGGAAUAUUAUUAUCUCACAGUCAUCAUGGCCUGUUAUAGCCUGGUCCAAGAUCUGCUUGUAAUAAUAUAAUUAUAAUAUAAUAAAAUAUAGUCUACUAUAUAUGCAACUUGUACUUUAGUAGCAAAUUGCUGUCAUGUCAUACAGAAAUUGGCUAAAAAGCACAAAUAGGUCUGGGACCAGUCUAUAGAACAUAGUCAAAUUAGUUGUCUAAAGACACAAACAGAUCUGGGACCAGCUUAUAUCAUAGUCAAAGGAGUUGUCUAAAGGAGUUGUCUAAAGGAACAAACAGAUCUCGGACCAGGCUAUAAAACAUAGAUAAUUUGGCUAAACAUUACAAACUGAUCUGUGACCAGGCUAGGUCUGUCUGUUCUGGGAGUCAGUGGGUUUGCGUUUCCCCCACAGACAGUUCUGGCCGUGCAUUCUGGGUACAGCGUGAGUCAGUCUUGUCGUCCUUCUGUUAGGUACCAGUGGUUUACCCACAAACCACUGUGAUACCAGGAAGAAGAAAACACACAAUCACAGCACAGUCCUUUCUCACCUGCACUCCCUCUCUCUCUCCUUGUCACCCUGUUCCCCUUCACCACCUCCCCUCCACUCCUCCACUCCUCCACUCCCCCCCCCCUCUCUCUUCCUCUCUCUCGGGCCACAGGGCUCUUGUUCAUGGCUAGUCCCGAUGAAGAUGCCCUGGUGUACAAAACUCUGGAGCCACACUCCAACCGGCCCAUGUUUGAGGACGUAGCUCAGAAUAGCUACUUAGGUUUGUAGCUUGGAGUGAGGUGUUGUUUGUUUGAACAAACCAGAUUCAUGUUGAUACAACUUACUGUAGACUUACCCUACUUUCCUCCAGGGUUGGGGUCAAUUCCAUUUCACUGCCAGUCAAUUCAGAAUGUAAACCAAAUUCCAAUUCCAAAUUGUCCGCAUUGAAAAGCAUUGAAGAUAAUUGGAAUUUCAGUGUACUUCCUGAGUUGAUUGGAAUGGAAUUAACCCCAACCCUGCUGUCCUCCCACCUUACCCCCGUGUGUUGGUGUGUGCUCGGUGCUAGCUCUUCUCUAGAACGUGUUUAGAACGUACGUAGAUUAGAACGUAGGACUCCGACUGGUCUGCAUGUCUCUCUGUGUUCCUAUCAGUCUGUACUGUCUGUCAGUCUGUAUGGUGGGGUGGUCUGCACAGCCUGUCAGUCUGUCAGUCUGUAUGGUGGGGUGGUCUGUACUGUCUGUCAGUCUGUAUGGUUGGGGUGGUCUGCACAGCCUGUCAGUCUGUCAGUCUGUAUGGUGGGGUGGUCUGCACAGCCUGUCAGUCUGUCAGUCUGUAUGGUUGGGGUGGUCUGUACUGUCUGUCAGUCUGUAUGGUUGGGGUGGUCUGCACAGCCUGUCAGUCUGUCAGUCUGUAUGGUUGGGGUGGUCUGUACUGUCUGUCAGUCUGUAUGGUGGGGUGGUCUGCACAGCCUGUCAGUCUGUCAGUCUGUAUGGUUGGGGUGGUCUGCACAGCCUGUCAGUCUGUCAGUCUGUAUGGUUGGGGUGGUCUGCACAGCCUGUCAGUCUGUAUGGUGGGGUGGUCUGCACAGCCUGUCAGUCUGUCAGUCUGUAUGGUUGGGGUGGUCUGCACAGCCUGUCAGUCUGUCAGUCUGUAUGGUGGGGCUGUCUGCACAGCCUGUCAGUCUGGACUUUACUCAAUGGUGUGGCGGGUUGAAGCUGUCCAGGGUACCUUGGUGGUGGUUCUAUAUACAGUACAUCUAUAUCUACAUUCUUAUCUACAUUUUGUAGAUACAGGUAACUUUGCUAAUUACAAUAAAGGGGUUUGAAGUGAAAUAACAAAGUAAGUAAAGCAGAGUUUAUAAACAAAUCUCACAGGUGAACAAAGUAUUCUGAGAUCACCAUGGUAAUCAUCCAUGGAGGAUUUCUGUGUAGAAAGACAAUACCAACACUGACAUGUACAGUAUCUCUGUAUCUCAAAGACGGCUCUCGCAGGGUAGAUCCCAUGGGGAACAGAGUGUUUACAAUCUGCGUUCUAGUGCAUAGUUUAGAGCAGUCCUCUCCUUGGAGCUGAGCGACAUCUCUCUCAUUGAUAAUAGAUACUUCCUCAUUCCCAUUUUAGAUCCAGCUAAUGGACUCUAACCAAUAACGGUUUGGUCCGUCCGAUUGAUUGUUCCCAUCAAAUCUCUCUAUUCUCAUCCUCCUGUACACAGAAACCGGAAUGCGUCCCAAACGGCACCUAAUUCCCUAUAUACAGUACAGUGCACUGUGGGUCCUAUAGGCCCUGGUGAAAAGUAGUGCACUAUGAAGAGAAUAGGGUUCCAUUUGGGACAGAGCCUGCCUUAUCCCUCUUCCUCCACAUCCUUAAUGGCCAUUAUUACCUUUGACCCCUCACUUAUAACUCGCAGCAUGCCUCCACUGACCCUCUAACCAAAUGACAUAAUGACUAAAUGCAUAUGUUUUGCACGCUUACUAAAAGGCCACAGACAGACAGUAUUGCUAUUACUGGUAUUUUUUUUUUUAGUUUAGUUAAAUACAGAACUAAAUUAAAUCCAAAUUAAAGCCAAAUUAAAUGCAGAAUUAAAUGUAGAGGAAUUUCACCACAGUGUGUUGUCAUCUUUAUCUCUGACUGACAUCACAUGGGAUUCUACUUAGCUUUACUGAUGUAUACAAUGUCUAAUGUAACUGUAUAAUAUACUAAUAGUAUGAUAUCCUUUAUAGUCCAGGAAUUCCGGGAAACUAGCCCAGUAUGCAUUGUAUUAUUAUAUUAUGUCUAAUGGAGAUUUCUCCAAUAAAAUUAUCUCUUAGUCCAGGACUAGGCUUGAUAUGUGUCCGGGAAACUGGUCCCUAAUGUCUUAAAAUGUAAAUAGCUCGUUGUAAAUGUAAAUAGCUUAUAAUUAAAUCCAGUCUCUCGACCCAGUGAACCAGUCAGGACCCGGCAGCAGCCUAGUUCAUGCUGUUUCUCCUCAGAUCGUGUCCAUUAAAUCUGAUUACUGUUGGACAGAGAACCCAGCGCAGUCCACCGAUGAGUCAGGCCCAGUUUUUCCACAGUAACUGCCAAUAUAAAUACAGCCAAUGAAAAAUGAAAUGUUCAAAUUCUUCCAAUUUGUCUCACACGAUUUUCCGUUGACAGAAAAUCCCACUGAGAACUACUGAUCAGAGAUGAGUUAAAGUAGUUACAAUAUAUUUAGAUCCAUUUAUAUCAAUUGAGCUUUUAUUUGAUUCUAGGGCUCGGUAGCUUUUUUAACACAUAGUCUUACAACUACACUGUAGACAGCUGCACAACACAACUGUUUGCAGGGGCCCCAUUUCUGAACCUGGUGGGCCACAUUCGGUUUAAAAAAGGUUGCAGGAUAAAGCCUCGGUUCCCUUUAUAGCUUUACAGAGCAAAUUGGACUUCUUUGUGUAAAAAACAGAGAGGAUCAGACUUCUGUGUAAAAGAGAAAAGUAGCUCCUCCCUCUUUGAAAGGCCUCCGUUUUAAAAUGUAGCUUCAUCUAUCUAUCUCUUAAUAAAGGCCUUAGUUAGUUUUACUGGAUCACAACUCUAACUGUAGCGUUCAUCUUAAAGGGACACACUUUUACUGGAUCCCAACUCUAACUGUAGCGUUCAUCUUAAAGGGACACAGUUUUACUGGAUCACAACUCUAACUGUAGCGUUCAUCUUAAAGGGACACAGUUUUACUGGAUCACAACUCUAACUGUAGCGUUCAUCUUAAAGGGACACAGUUUUACUGGAUCACAACUCUAACUGUAGCGUUCAUCUUAAAGGGACACAGUUUUACUGGAUCACAACUCUAACUGUAGCGUUCAUCUUAAAGGGGCACAAAUACAUUUUACUGGGUUUGAUGUGACUUUUGCGUGAAAGGACAAAUUAGCUCAUCCCUCUCUUAAAGGCCUAGUUUGUGAUAUUUACGGACGUUUUCUCUUAAUCUCUUAAAGGCCUACAGUUUUACUGGAUCACAUGUCCAACUGUAGCAUUCCUCUUAAAGGGACACAGUUCUGUUAGUUACUUGUUCUACAGUAAGUCAGACAGCAGAAUUCCACAACUGUUGUCCUGGAGCUCCUAAACAAUGCAGAAAACCUACCAGACAACUGUCUGCUGACCCACAUUUUAGUAAUUUAGCAGACAUUCUUAUCCAGAGCAACCAGUAAUUACCUUGCUCAAGCGCACAUCAACAUAUUUUUCACCUAAUCAGCUCUUGAAUUUGAACCAGCAACCUUUCAAUUACUGGCCUAACGUUCUUAACCGCUAGGCCACCUGUUCUCUCAAGACAAAUUUGUAAACUAGUUAUGAUUCUCAAGCUGUUUAACUAUUUGACCAGACUAAUGUAUUCAGCAACCUAGACCACAGAGGCUGCCACAGUAGUGCAGCCAACCUUUAGGUCAUUCCGCACCUGUCGUCCUGAACUGCUCCGUGUCCGUCUCUGUUUGUCUCUCUGUAUGUUUGUCUAGAGGAUAGUAUUUGUCUGUCACUCUUUUAAAAAAUAAUAGUAUUUGUCUGUCUCUGUGUUUGUCUAUGAGACGCUUCUGCCUGAAUGUUGACACUGUUAAAUGUUAAAACAAGACUCCUUGCAAUCCCUCCUCUCACACCCCGCAUGUUGGAAAAUACUGUAGCUGUUUAGUGUGUUUGCCUUUGGGUUGUUUCAUUGUGAAUUAAAUUACACACACACACACACACACACACACACACAGACACACACACACACACACACACAGACACACACACACGCACGCACGCACGCACGCACGCACGCACACACACACACACACACACACACACACACACACACACACACACACACACACACACACACACACACACACACACACACACACACACACACACACACACACACACACACACACACACACACACACACACAACUGCUACUAACUGUUAUCCCAUAAUGCCUUGCUCCAGGCUUCUCAGUGGACUCUGCUAAGGGCAUAAUGAGUCGUGGCGAGCUGACCUUUGUGGCGGGGGCUCCGAGAGCCAAUCACACAGGAGCGGUGGUGCUGCUGCGUAAAGACAACGUGUACCGCCUGGUGCCACAGCACAUCCUGUGGGGAGAGGAACUGGCUUCUUCCUUUGGCUACUCUGUGGCUACGGCUGAUCUCAACAGUGACGGGUGAGAACUAAUGCAUAUGUCUGCUGCUGAUACUAUUGAUAGCAGUGUAUGGGAAUGUAUGGAAUGUACAGACAGAUACUCUGUGGCCAUGGCUCAACAGUGAGGGCUGAGUAAUGUUGCACAUUUCCAGAAAAUUCCCAGUUCCCAUGUUUUCAGAAAUCCCAGUUGGAAGUUUUCCGGAAUUAGGUAGGAAUAUGAACGGAUGGAAUCCCAUAACUGGGAAUACUCUGACCAGGAUUUGUGAAGAACCUGGAAACCAUUUAGGGAAAUUAUUUCAGUGACGGAUGUUUACAUUUGUAUCCAUCAUCUUCUUGUUUCAACCCAAGAUUCUGUAGAGCUCUAUCUGAACCUCCCUCCCUCCCUCCCUCCCUCCCUCCCUCCCUCCCUCCCUCCCUCCUUCCUUCCUUCCUUCCUUCCUUGUUCUCCCCCCCCCAGCUGGACAGACCUGAUAGUGGGAGCUCCUAACUACUUUGACAGGAAAGCAGAUAUCGGAGGUGCUGUGUACGUCUUCCUCAACCCAUUCGGUAACUGGGAGUAUGCUCGGCCAAUCAGGCUCAACGGAACCUAUGACUCCAUGUUUGGAUUGACCGUCAACAAUGUGGGAGACUUGGACAGGGACGGAUAUGAUGGUGAGGAAGGAUCAAAUCAAAUCAAAACUUGAUUUAAACGACAUUCACAUUACAGUCGACUGCACUGAAGGGACUGAGGGGUCUGAGUCACUCGUCACAUCCUAAAUGGCACCCUAUUCCCUAUGUAGUGCACUACUUUUGGCCAUUUGGCACGCAAGUCUAUUGUCCUUAGGGUCAGGAGUUUUCCUGAUCAAUUUAUGUGAGAGAAAACAAGAUCCUGCACACUGCAGUUACCAGUACUACUGUUCAUUACACACACACACACACACACACACACACACACACACACACACACACACACACACACACACACACACACACACACACACACACACACUACUGAUAUGAUGUCUUGCUCCAGGUUGAGCUCCAGCAGGUGAAUGUAAAACUGAAAGUAAAAGUCCAGGUGACCUGAGCAAGUAACCCUCUUGACUAGCGUCACAAUAAAUUCUCUGGUUUUCCCGAAUUCCCGGAAUCAGGUGAUAAUGAGUUCCAGAAUUUAUUUAAAGUUUCCAUAAUUUUACAACCCUACUCCUGACCCUACAAAAGACAAUGUCUGAAUGAGGCUUAGUAUAGUUGAUAUGUAAUGUGUCUGUCUCUCUCCAUCCAGACAUUGCUGUGGGGGCUCCGUUCGAUGGAGAUGGCAAAGUGUUCAUCUACCGAGGCUCAUCCUCAGGCAUCGAUACCAAGCCUGCACAGGUGAAAAGAACCUUUAGAAAAGCUCGUUGCUCAUCACAUCAUGAUUAUUCACUGAGUGCAAAAAACAUUAGGAACACCUUCCUAAUAUUGAGUUGCACCCCCUUUUGCCCUCAGAACAGCCUCAAUUCCUCGGGGCAUGGCCUCUACAAGGUGUUGAAAGCGUUCCACAGGGAUGCUGGCCCAUGUUGACUGCAAUGCUUUCCACAGUUGUCAAGUUGGCUGGAUGUCCUUUGGGUGGUGGGCCACUGUUGAUACAAACAGGAAGCUGUUGAGCGUGAAAAACCCAGCAGCGUUGCAGUUCUUGACACACUCAAAACAGUGCGCCUGGCACCUACUACCAUACCCCAUUCCAAGGCACUUAAAUAUUUUGUCUUGCCCAUUCACCCUCUGAAUGGCACACAUACAUAAUUCAUGUCUCAAUUGUCUCAAGGCUUAGAAAUCCUUCUUUAACCUGUCUCAUCCCUUCAUCUACACUGAUUGAAGUGGAUUUAACAAGUGACAUGAAUAAGGGAUCAUAGUUUUCACCUGGAUUCACCUGGUCAGUCUAUAACAUGGAAUUGUAAUGUUUUGAUAUACUAUAAUAUGAGAUGACCGUUUAUAUAUAUAUAUAUACAAUACCAGUCAAAAGUUUGGACACACCUACUCAUUCAAGGGUUUUUCUUCAUUUGUACUAUUUUCUACAUUGUAGAAUAAUAGUGAAGACAUCAAAACUAUGAAAUAACACAUAUGGAAUCAUGUAGUAACCAAAACAGUGUUAAACAAAUCAAAAUAUAGUGCUCAGCAUAUGUGGGAACUCCUUCAAGACUGUUGGAAAAGCAUUCCAGGUGAAACUGGUUGAGAGAAUGCAAGAGUGUGCAAAGCUGUCAUCAAGGCAAAGGGUGGCUACUUUGAAGAAUCUAAAAUCAAAAAUGUAUUUUGAUUUGUUUAACACUUUUUUGGUUACUAUAUGAUUCCAUAUGUGUUAUUUCAUAGUUUUGAUGUCUUCACUAUUAUUCUGCAAUGUGGAAAAUAGUACAAAUAAAGAAAAACCUUUAAAUGAGUAGGUGUGUCCAAACUUUUGACUGGUACUGUAUGAACAAGUGCCUUCGGAAAGUAUUCAGACCCCUUGACUUUUUCCACAUUUUGUUAGGUUAUGGCCUUAUUCUAAAAUGGAUUAAAAUGUUUUUCCCCCCUCAUCAAUACACAAUACACUAUAAUGACAAAGAAAAAACUGGUUUUUCGAAAAAGUAUUCAGACCCUUUACUCAGUACUUUGUUGAAGCACCUUUGGCAAUGAUUACAGCCUCGAGUCUUCUUGGGUGUGACGCUACAAGCUUGGCACACCUGUAUUUGGGGAGUUUCUCCCAUUCUUCUCUGCAGAUUCCUCAAGCUCUGUCAGGUUGGAUGGGGAGCAUUGCUGCACAGCUAUUUGCAGUUCUCUCCAGAGAUGCUCGAUCGGGUUCAAGUCCGGGCUCUGGCUGGGCCACUCAAGGACAUUCAGAGACUUGUCCCGAAGCCACUCCUGCAUUGUCUUCGCUGUGUGCUUAGGGUCGUUGUCUUGUCGGAAGGUGAACCUUCGCCCCAGUCUGAGGUCCUGAGCGUUCUGUACUUUGCUCCGUUCAUCUUUCCCUCGAUCCUGACUAGUCUCCCAGUCCCUGCUGCUGAAAAUUGUCCCCACAGCAUGUCUCUUGAGUGGCGCAGUGGUCUAAGGCACUGCAUUGCAGUGCUAGCUGUGCCACUAGAGAUCCUGGUUUGAAUCUAGGCUCUGUCGUAGCCGGCCGCGACCGGGAGACCCAUGGGGCGGCGCACAAUUGGCCCAGCGUCGUCCAGGGUAGGGGAAGGAAUGGCCAGCAGGGAUGUAGCUCAGUUGGUAGAGCAUGGCGUUUGCAACGCCAGGGUUGUGGGUUCGUUUCCCACGGGGGGCCAGUAUGAAAAAAAUUAAUAAAAUGUAUGCACUCACUAACUGUAAGUCGCUCUGGAUAAGAGCAUCUGCUAAAUGACUAAAAUGUAAAUGUAAUGAUGCUGCCACCACCAUGCUUCACUGUAGGGAUGGUGCCAGGUUUCCUCCAGAUGUGACGCUUGGCAUUCAGGCCAAAUCUUCAAUUCAAUUUUGGUUUCAUCAGACCAGAGAAUCUUGUUUCUCAUGGUCUAAGAGUCUUUAGGUGCCUUUUGGCAAACUCCAAGCGGGCUGUCAUGUGCCUUUUACUGAGGAGUGGCUUCAGUCUGGCCACUCUACCAUAAAGGCCUGAUUGGUGGAGUGCUGCAGAGAUGGUUGUCCUGGAAGGUUCUCCCAUCUCCACAGAGGAACUCUAGAGCUCUGUCAGAGUGACCAUCGGGUCACCUCCCUGACCAAGGCCCUUCUCCCCCAAUUGCUCAGUUUGGCCGGGUGGCCAGCUCUAGGAAGAGUCUUGGUGGUUCCAAAAUUAUUCAGUUUAAGAAUGAUGGAGGCCACUGUGUUCUUGGGGACCUUCAAUGCUGCAGAAAUGUUUUGGUACUGUUCCUGAGAUCUGUGCCUUGACACAAUCCUGUCUCGGAGCGCUAUUGUCAAUUCGAACUCAUGGCUUGGUUUUUGGUCAACUGUGGGACCUUAUAUAGACCGGGUGUGUGCCUUUCCAAAUCAUGUCCAAUCAAUUGAAUUAACCACAGGUGGACUCCAAUCAAGUUGUGGAAACAUCUCAAGGAUGGUCAAUGAAAACAGGAUGCACCUGAGCUCAAUUUCGAGUCUCAUAGCAAAGGGUCUGAAUACUUCUGUAAAUAAGGUAUUUUGUUUUUAAUUUUUAAUAAAUGUGCAACAACUUCUAAAAACCUGUUUUUCUUAGUCAUUAUGGGGUAUUGUGUGUAGAUUGCUGAGGAAAUUGUUUUAUUUAAUCAAUUUUAAAAUAAGGCUGUAAUGUAACAAAAUGUGAAAAAAGUCAAGGGGUCUGAAUACUUUUCGAAGGCACUGUAUGUGAGGGAAAAAAGUAUUUGAUCCCCUGCUGCUUUUGUAUGUUUGCCCACUGACAAAGAAAUGAUCAGUCUAUAAUUUUAAUGGUAGGUUUAUUUGAACAGUGAGAGACAGAAUGACAACAAAAAAUCCAGAAAAACGCAUGUCAAAAAUAUUAUAAAUUGAUUUGCAUUUUAAUGAGGGAAAUAAGUAUUUCACCCCCUCUCAAUCAGAAAGAUUUCUGGCUCCCAGGUGUCUUUUAUACAGGUAACGAGCUGAGAUUAGGAGCACACUCUUAAAGGGAGUGCUCCUAAUCUCAGCUUGUUCACUGUAUGAAAGACACCUGUCCACAGAAGCAAUCAAUCAAUCAGAUUCCAAACUCUCCACCAUGGCCAAGACCAAAGAGCUCUCCAAGGAUGUCAGGGACAAGAUUGUAGACCUACACAAGGCUGGAAUGGGCUACAAGACCAUCGCCAAGCAGCUUGGUGAGAAGGUGACAACAGUUGGUGCGAUUAUUCGCAAAUGGAAGAAACACAAAAUAACUGUCAAUCUCCCUCGGCCUGGGGCUCCAUGCAAGAUCUCACCUCGUGGAGUUGCAAUGAUCAUGAGAACGGUGAGGAAUCAGCCCAGAACUACACGGGAGGAUCUUGUCAAUGAUCUCAAGGCAGCUGGGACCAUAGUCACCAAGAAAACAAUUGGAAACACACUACGCCGUGAAGGACUGAAAUCCUGCAGCGCCCGCAAGGUGCCCCUGCUCAAGAAAGCACACAUACAGGGCCAUCUGAAGUUUGCCAAUGAACAUCUGAAUGAUUCAGAGGAGAGAUGGGUGAAAGUGUUGUGGUCAGAUGAGACCAAAAUCGAGCUCUUUGGCAUCAACUCAACUCGCCGUGUUUGGAGGAGGAGGAAUGCUGCCUAUGACCCCAAGAACACCAUCCCCACCGUCAACCAUGGAGGUGGAAACAUUAUGCUUUGGAGGUGUUUUUCUGCUAAGGGGACAGGACAACUUCACCGCAUCAAAGGGAUGAUGGACAGGGCCAUGUACCGUCAAAUCUUGGGUGAGAACCUCCUUCCCUCAGCCAAGGCAUUGAAAAUGGGUCGUGGAUGGGUAUUCCAGCAUGACAAUGACCCAAAACACACGGCCAAGGCAACAAAGGAGUGGCUCAAAAAGAAGCACAUUAAGGUCCUGGAGUGGCCUAGCCAAUCUCCACACCUAAAACCCAUAGAAAAUCUGUGGACGGAGCUGAAGGUUCGAGUUGCCAAACGUCAGCCUCGAAACCUUAAUGACUUGGAGAAGAUCUGCAAAGAGGAGUGGAACAAAAUCCCUCCUGAGAUGUGUGCAAACCUGGUGACCAACUACAAGAAACGUCUGACCUCUGUGAUUGCCAACAAGGGUUUUGCCACCAAGUACUAAGUCAUGUUUUGCAGAGGGGUCAAAUACUUAUUUCCCUCAUUAAAAUCCAAAUCAAUUUAUAACAUUUUUUACAUGCGUUUUUCUGGAUUUUUUUGUUGUUAUUCUGUCUCUCACUGUUCAAAUAAACCUACCAUUAAAAUUAUAGACUUAUCAUGUCUUUGUCAGUGGGCAAACGUACAAAAUCAGCAGGGGAUCAAAUACUUUUUUCCCUCACUGUAUAUAUAUAUAUACACUGCUCAAAAAAAUAAAGGGAACACUUAAACAACACAUCCUAGAUCUGAAUGAAUGAAAUAAUAAUUUUCUUUUUACAUAGUUGAAUGUGCUGACAACAAAAUCACACAAAAAUGAUCAAUGGAAAUCAAAUUUAUCAACCCAUGGAGGUCUGGAUUUGGAGUCACCCUCAAAAUUAAAGUGGAAAACCACACUACAGGUUGAUCCAACUUUGAUGUAUUGUCCUUAAAACAAGUCAAAAUGAGGCUCAGUAGUGUGUGUGGCCUCCACGUGCCUGUAUGACCUCCCUACAACGCCUGGGCAUGCUCCUGAUGAGGUGGCGGAUGGUCUCCUGAGGGAUCUCGUCCCAGACCUGGACUAAAGCAUCCGCCAACUCCUGGACAGUCUGUGGUGCAACGUGGUGUUGGUGGAUGGAGCGAGACAUGAUGUCCCAGAUGUACUCAAUUGGAUUCAGGUCUGGGGAACGGGCGGGCCAGUCCACAGCAUCAAUGCCUUCCUCUUGCAGGAACUGCUGACACACUCCAGCCACAUGAGGUCUAGCAUUGUCUUGCAUUAGGAGGAACCCAGGGCCAACCGCACCAGCAUAUGGUCUCACAAGGGGUCUGAGGAUCUCAUGUGGCUGGAGUGUGUCACCAUCGCGAGCAUCCUGACUGGUUUCAUCACCGCCUGGUAUGGCAACUGCUCGGCCUCCGACCGCAAGGCAGUACAAAGGGUAUUGCGUACGGCCCAGUACAUCACUGGGGCCAAGCUUCCUGCCAUCCAGGACCUCUAUACCAGGUGGUGUCAGAGGAAGGCCCUAAGAAUUGUCAAAGACUCCAGCCACCCUAGUCAUAGACUGUUCUCUCUGCUACCGUACGGCAAGCGGUACCGGAGCGCCAAGUCUAGGUCGAAAAGGCUUCUUAACAGCUUCAGCCCCAUAGCCAUAAGACUCCUGAACAGCUAAUCAUGGCUACCCGGACUAUUUGCAUUUUAUGCUGUUGCUACUCUGUUUAUCAUUUAUGCAUGUUCACUUUAACUCUACCCACAUGUACAUUGGCCCAGCGUCGUCCAGGGUAGGGGAGGGAAUGGCCGGCAGGGAUGUAGCUCAGUUGGUAGAGCAUGGCGUUUGCAACGCCAGGGUUGUGAGUUCGAUUCCCACGGGGGGGGGGGGGGCAGUAUGUAAAAUAAAAAAUGAUGUAUGCACUCACUAACUGUAAGUCGCUCUGGAUAAGAGCGUCUGCUAAAUGACUAAAAUGUAAAUGUAAAUGUUUUGACCGGUAGUGUAGAAACACCAGAUUUUUGGUUUGAAAAAAAAAAGGUAUAUUAAUUCUGAAAUUCUGAAGAAUAUUAUUAACAUUCCACCCAUGAGGCCACUAUAGGGUGAUUUGGUACUUUGACUGCAGGAAAGGGCUACACAUUAAAAAUUGGAAACUUUAGUAGAAACUUGUGUAUACAAAAUUAUACAAAUAUUACGUUUUUGUAAGUGGUGUCUCAUCAUAUCAGAAUCAAAGCCUCAACUCUGGUGUUGCAAACUUCAUGGUGGUCAUAUUGCUAACUCUCAAUAACGACGAUGUGGUUCAAGUUCAACUAAGUUUACUGACUGAUAACAUCACACCCUAAUUGCAGGUGUAUAGGACUACCUGAAUAGUAAUUUCAGGUGUAAAGUUGCACUUGAUCAUACAAGUUAACACAUGAUCUUCAUGAUUGCCCCUCACAGAUCCUGGAUGGAGUGGACGAGGGGGUGAAGAGGUUUGGCUACUCCAUCUCAGGAGGCCUGGACAUCGAUGGGAACCUGUACCCUGACCUGGCAGUAGGCUCUCUCGGUGAUAAGCUAGUUCUGUACAGGUCUCGCCCAGUCAUUCAUGUGAUCCGGGAUGUAUCCAUCGAACCUCAGCAGUAUAUUGACUUGGAGCAACACAACUGCAAGGGGAGAGAUGGAGUUUGGUAGGUCGCAAAUAACAUUAAUUUCAACCUUUAUUCACAUUAGGUAGUGUAUUUCUGCUGUUGACAGAUUGUUGUUCGCUAACUUUAUUCUCUGUUUUCAGUGUGGAGGUCAAAGCCUGCUUCACCUAUACUGCUUAUCCUGAGACCUACUCACCAGACAUCAGUGAGUUACUAAACUGUACACCUCUCUGUUUAGAACCAGUUGGUUUUUGCUGUGUAAAAUAGUGUGGUAAUAUGUCCAGCUGUGUUAAAUAGUGUGGUAAUAUGUCCAGCUGUGUUAAAUAGUGUGGUAACAUGUCCAGCUGUGUAAAAUAGUGUGGUAAUAUGUCCAGCUGUGUAAAAUAGUGUGGUAAUUUGUCCAGCUGUGUUAAAUCGUGUGGUAAUUUGUCCAGCUGUGUUAAGUAGUGUGGUAAUUUGUCCAGCUGUGUUAAAUAGUGUGGUAAUAUGUCCAGCUGUGUUAAAUAGUGUGGUAAUAUGUCCAGCUGUGUUAAAUAGUGUGGUAAUAUGUCCAGCUGUGUUAAAUAGUGUGGUAACAUGUCCAGCUGUGUUAAAUAGUGUGGUAAUAUGUCCAGUAGCUUAUCUCUGGUGUGUUGUAGUGCUGCAUUUCUCUGACUCUUCUUCUCUUUCUCUUUCUCUUUCUCUUUCUCUUUCUCUUUCUCUUUCUCUUUCUCUUUCUCUUUCCCUUCCUUCCUUCCUUCCUUCCUUCCUUCCUUCCUUCCUUCCUUCCUUCCUUCCUUCCUUCCUUCCUUCCUUCCUUCCUUCCUUCCUUCCUUCCUUCCUUCCUUCCUUCCUUCCUUCCUUCCUUCCUUCCUUCCCUCCCUCCCUCCCACUAGCUCUGGUCCUACUCAUUGAGGCUGACACCGAGCGCAGGAAGCUGGGCCUGCCCCACCGUGUUAGCUUCCUGGGUCAAAGUGCACAGGCGGCGGAGUACACACACACUGACGAGGUGGAGCUGAAGGGUCAACGUCAUCCCGCCUGCCAGAGCGCCACCUUCCAACUAAACGUACAGUACAAUAUGACGCAGUCAUUUGAUCUGGAAGACACACAGGAGGCGUUACAGAGUACAACUGCAGAACAUAUCAAAUACUUUUUCUUGGUUGGAGCACUAUGCAACAUGAAAAAGGGUAAAGUGAAGUGUUCAGUUCUCUCAGUGCUCUCUAUCGCCCCCUACAUGCAGCUGCAUAGUGUUCCAACCCUGUGAAGAAAUGGUAUUUGAGAUGUGCUUUAUCUAGCUAAACUGGCAUAAUCGAACAAUUUAUUAAUUGUCUUAGUUGAAUGAAAAAAAGUAUUAUUUCCUUCCAACUCCAAUAUCAUAUGAUCCCGUUUAGUAAUCUUUUAAUUAUUUCCCAUUCAGGAGAAUAUCCGUGACAAGCUGCGUCCCAUCUCUCUGGCCAUCACCCAUACCAUCAGACCCCCCAUGUUCUCCUCAGACACUAACCCAGAGGAACGAGACACGCUACCUCCUGUACUGAGUGUUGCCACCUCCAACACCCUGCACUCUGAGGUCAGUACCUCGACCUCCUGUACUAAGUGUUGCCACCUCCAACACCCUGCACUCUGAGGUCAGUACCUCGACCUCCUGUACUGAGUGUUGCCACCUCCAACACCCUGUACUCUGAGGUCAGUACCUCGACCUCCUGUACUGAGUGUUGCCAUCUCCAACACCCUGCACUCUGAGGUCAGUACCUCGACCUCCUGUACUGAGUGUUGCCAUCUCCAACACCCUGCACUCUGAGGUCAGUACCUCGACCUCCUGUACUGAGUGUUGCCACCUCCAACACCCUGCACUCUGAGGUCAGUACCUCGACCUCCUGUACUAAAUGUUGCCACCUCCAACACCCUGUACUCUGAGGUCAGUACCAUAACAACAGAACCAGGGAACAUACUGAUUUGCAUUUUCAAGUUCAUGAAGGAAGACUUGAAAUGGUUGUGUUACAGGCCUAAUUAAUACAUGCCUGUGUGAUACAGGGAUACUACAGGGUUUUGUUAUUUCAUAGUGGGGGAACCAGGUUCCAAAGUGAAAUCAUUUGGACAUUUAAAAAAGAUUUAAGGUCAAUUCUAUGAUUUGAAUUUUUUCCAUGUCCAUCCCUGAGAUGAAGUCUGUAUCCUCCGUUGCAGGUGAAUUUCCUGAGGGAAGGCUGUGGUGAUGAUAAGAUCUGUCAGAGCAACCUGAAGUUGACCUACCAGUUUGGAACCCGACCUAUCACCUCUGACCUCUUCACCCCUCUGCCAAGGUUUGUAUGACUUCUUCUUUAUAUUUCCUCAUUCCCCAGAGAAGAGGAGUUCAGCAAUUCCAAUAGCUGUUACAUUCUACCUUCUAUUUUACCAUGCCUCUAUAUCUGAGCUGCCCGACACUGUCCCUGGAGAGCCAAAAUGACAAAAUGGCACCCACAGACACGGUCGCCCUGUUUCUAGCUCCUAGACAACUUUGGAGUAUUUCAUUUCCUAUGUUAUUUGCCAAGAAUGUUUCUUGUAUUAUUGCCUGCAGCCGAAAAUAACUUAUAUUCACACCAUUAUAUAUAUAUAUAUAUAUAUAUAUAUAUAUUUAUUACGGACUCUGACAUUGCUCGUUCUGAUAUUUCUUAAUUUCUUUAUUUUAACUUUUUGGAUUAUGUGUGUAUUGUUUUGUAUUGCUAGGUAUUACUACACUGUUAGAGCUUGAAACACAAGCAUUUCGCUGCACCUGCAAUAACAUCUGCAAAUCUGUAUAUGCGACCAAUAAACUUUGAUUUGAUUUGAUUACCCUCCUGUAGGUUUUUCGCUCUACCCCAGUUGUAACUAACCUGAUUCAGCUUAUCAACCAGCUAACUAUUAUAAGAAUCAGGUCUGCUAGAUUAGUGUCAGAGUCAUCUCGGUUAACCCAGAACUAAAGUCUUGCGUAAUUGGUUAGCUGCUCAAUAGUUCUGGGUCCAUACAUGUUAAGAGACGAGAUUAAGAGAUUCUAGAACGUGGAACGGAUUCGCAAACGAGGAGCUCCACCCUCUCUCUUUGCAAAUUAUCGGCCCGAAUGUCUCCUCCCCUUCCAAAAUUCGAAAGAUACUAAUAAACAGUGUCCAAAUAACCAGUGACGAAACCCCCCCCCCCCCCCCCCCCCAAAACCAGAACUACCGCUGCUCGUUGUCCCAGGCAUCCCAUUCCUUCCUGACAGAUUCUACGGUACCAGUUAUGUACACCUAGAUCUGUCCACCAGAGAUUAGGGUUGGAGAGAAAACACUCCUACAGUAGUGCUCCAGGAACGGGGUUGGGCCGUCCUGCCCUACAUCUUAAACAACCUCAGAUGGGUAUUAUUCUUCCUUUUUUGUUUCACUGUUCCUUCAUAUCCAACCACUUUUUUUUCUAGUUACCUCAUGCCCCUCUCAUUCCAGAGAUGGUGAGGAGGUGUUCUCUCUGUUCUGACCAGAGAUCCUAUGUCUAACCACUCUCUCUAUUCCUCUUUUCUAUUUCCUUUUUAUCCCUUCAUUCCAGGGACGAUGAAGAGGUGGCGGUGUUUUCUCUGUCUGACCAGAGGUCUGUGGUGUUGGAGGUGACCGUCACCAACAUGCCCUCUGACCCUCUGUACCCAGAGGAAGACGGAGAUGAUGCCCACGCUGCCCAGCUACUGGUGAACCUUCCGGACACCCUGUCCUACUCUGGCUUCAGGGGACAACAGGUACACACACCAAACACACACACGCAUAUACACACAUUCACGGUCAUGUUCAACCUCUCCUUGUCCAAGUCAGUAAUCCCCACGUCUUAAAACAUUUUACUACAGUGGGCUAAAUCAGGGUCACACGUUGUGAUUCUUGGCACUCUUAAACAAAUCCACGUUGAAACAAAUGUAUACACCUCAUACACAUGGUUAUGGUCUUUAAAAAAAGAAGACCUGUCAGAUGUAGAGAUGAAAUGUAUUCCAUUUUGAGUUUGCAUCCCAAUAUUUCACUUUACUAUACACCACAGAAGACUGAAAUAUAACAAAACCAUUUGACAUAGAAACACCGGAAUUUCAGCGUAAAAUAAAUAAAUAAUGUUGAUUAAUUAUGAAAAAUAUUAAUAACAUUCCACCCGUGAGGCCACUAGAGGGCGAUUUGAUCAUUUGGCUGCAGGAAAGGUCUACAAUGACUACAAUCAUUCCUCUUCCCAAGACCUCUAAGGCUUCAUGCCACCAUGACUACCACCCUGCAGCACUCACAUCUUUAAUUAAAGUGCUUUGAAAGGCUGGUCAUGGCACACAUCACCUCCAUCAUCCCAGACACCCUAAACCCACUCUAAUUUGCAUACCGCCCCAACAGAUCCAUAGACGAUGCAAUCUCAAUUGCACUCCACACUGCCCUCACCCACCUAGAUAAGAGGAAUAUGUUAGAAUGCUCUUCAUUGACUGCAGCUCAGUGUUCAACACCAUUGUCCCAUCCAAGCUCGUCACCAAGCUUAGGACCCUGGGACUGAACACCUCCCUCUGCAACAGGAUCCUGGACUUCCUGACGGGCCGCGCCCAGGUGGUGAGGGUAGGCAACAUCACCUCCGCCACGCUGACCCUCAACACCGGGGCCCCACAGGGGUGUGUGCUUUGUCCCCUCCUGUACUCCCUGUUCACCCAUGACUGCGUGGCCACGUACAAAUCCAACACCAUCAUCACGUUUGCUGACGACACAAUGGUGGUAGGUCUGAUCACCAGCGACAAUGAUACAGCCUAUGGGAGGAGGUCAGAGACCUGGUGGUGCUAGGAAAACAACCUCUCCCUCAACGUCAACAAGACCAAGGAGCUGAUCAUGGACUACAGGAAACGAGCCCAUCCACAUCGACGGGGCUGCAGUGGAGCGGGUCGAGAUUUUCAAGUUCCUCGAUGUCCAAAUCACUAAGGACUUGGUUCACAUGCGCACAAUCGUGAAGAAGGCGCGACAGCACCUCUUCCCCCUCAGGAGGUUGAAAAGGUUUGGCAUGGGCCCUCAAAUCCUCAAAAUGUUAUACAGCUGCAACAUUGAGAGCAUCUGGUAUGCCAACAGCACCGCCCUCGAUCGCAUGGCGCUACAGAGGGUGGUGCGGACAGCCCAGUACAUCACUGGGGCCGAGCUCCCUGCCAUCUAGGAUCUCUAUAUCAGGCGGUGUGACAGGAAGGCCCGUAAAAUCAUUAAAGACUCCAGCCACCCAAGCCAUAGACUGUUGUCUCUGCUUCCGCACGGCAAGCGGUACCGGUGAAGUCUGACACCAACAGGCUCCUGAACAGCUUCUAUCCCCAAGCCAUAAGACUGCUCAAUGGCUAACAAAAUGGCUACACUGACUAGUUGACCCUUGUAUUUAUUCCUAUGCACACUCACAGGACUCUACACACUCACGCAUACUGACACUCCAACACACACAUAACAUGCACACACUUUUAUAUUGACACACGUACACUUACUCACAUACAAUCAUCAUAUAUGCUGCUGCUACUCUGUUUAUCUUAUAUCCUGAUGCCUAGUCACCUUACCCCUAUACAUACACUACAUGACCAGAAGUAUGUGGACACCUGCUCAUCGAACAUCUCAUUCCAAAAUCAUGGGCAUUAAUAUUGAGUUGGUCCCCCCUUUGCCGCUAUAAAAGUUUCCACUCUUCUGGAAAGAAUUUCCACUAGAUGUUGGAACAUUUCUGCCGGGACUUGCUUCCAUUCAGCAACGAGCAUUAGUGAGGUUGGGCACUGAUGUUGAGCGAUUAUGCCUGGCUCGCAGUCGGUGUUCCAAUUCAUCCCAAAGGAGUUCGAUGGGGUUGAGGUCAGGGCUCUGUGCAGGCCAGUCAAAUUCUUCCACACCAAUCUCGACAAACCAUUUCUGUAUGGACCUCGCUUUGUGCACGGGGGCAUUGUCAUGCUGAAACAGGAAAGGGCCUUCCCCAAUCUGUUGCCACAAAGUUGGAACCACAGAAUCGUCUAGAAUGUCAUUGUAUGCUAAGGGGACUAGCGCGAACCAUAAAAAACUGCCCCAGACCAUUAUUCCUCCUCCAACAAACUUUACAGUUGGCACUAUGCAUUGGGGAAGGUAGCGUUCUCCUGGCAUCCGCCAAACCCAGAUUCGUCCACCGGACUGCCAGAUGGUGAAGCGUGAUUCAUCACUCCAGAGAACGCGUUUCCACUGCUCCAGAGUAUAAUGGUGGCGAGCUUUACACCACUCCAGCCGACGCUGAUCUUAGGCUUGUGUGCGGCUGCUCGGCCAUGGAAACCCAUUUCAUGAAGUUCCUGACGAACAGUUCUUGUGCUGACGUUGCUUCUAGAGGCAGUUUGGAACUUGGUAGUGAGUGUUGCAACCGAGGACAGAUGAUCUUUAGACGCUACGCGCUUCAGCAAUCGGCGGUCCCGUUCUGUGAGCUUCUGUGGCCUACCACUUCGCGGCUGAGCCGUUGUUGCUCCUAGACGUUUCCAUUUCACAAUAACAGCACUUACAGUUGACCGGGGCAGCUCUAGCAGGGCAGGAAAUUUGAUGAACUGACUUGUUGGAAAGGUGGCAUCCUAUGACGGUACCACGUUGAAAGUCACUGAGCUCUUCAGUACGGGCCAUUCUACUGCCAAUGUUUGUCUAUGGAGAUUGCAUGGCUGUGUAUUGAUUACUGCAUUUAUAUUGAUUACUGCAUUGUUGGGUUUGUAGUUUGCAAGAAAGGCAUUUCACUGUACUUGUACAUGUGACAUUAAAAACUUGAAAUAUGAAACACACACAACCUGUCCUACUCGGGUACACACACCUAACUCUAGCCUUGAUCCUCACCAGGGUUGGGAUCAAUUCCACAAAUUCAAUUUAAAUUAAAUUCUCUCGCCGUGUAAAUUCAAUUUAUUUUUAAUUAAAAUUCCAGUUCAGUCUUUGAAUUCAGAGAUACAGUGGGGGAAAAAAAUAUUUAGUCAACCACCAAUUGUGCAAGUUCUCCCACUUAAAAAGAUGAGAGAGGCCUGUAACUUUCAUCAUAGGUACACGUCAACUAUGACAGACAAAAUGAGAAGAAAAAAAUCCAGAAAAUCACAUUGUAGGAUUUUUUAUGAAUUUAUUUGCAAAUUAUGGUGGAAAAUAAGUAUUUGGUCAAUAACAAAAGUUUCUCAAUACUUUGUUAUAUACCUUUUGUUGGCAAUGACACAGGUCAAACGUUUUCUGUAAGUCUUCACAAGGUUUUCACACACUGUUGCUGGUAUUUUGGCCCAUUCCUCCAUGCAGAUCUCCUCUAGAGCAGUGAUGUUUUGGGGCUGUCGCUGGGCAACACUGACUUUCAACUCCCUCCAAAGAUUUUCUAUGGGGUUGAGAUCUGGAGACUGGCUAGGCCACUCCAGGACCUUGAAAUGCUUCUUACGAAGCCACUCCUUCGUUGCCCGGGUGGUGUGUUUGGGAUCAUUGUCAUGCUGAAAGACCCAGCCAUGUUUCAUCUUCAAUGCCCUUGCUGAAGGAAGGAGGUUUUCACUCAAAAUCUCACGAUACAUGGCCCCAUUCAUUCUUUCCUUUACACGGAUCAGUCGUCCUGGUCCCUUUGCAGAAAAACUGCCCCAAAGCAUGAUGUUUCCACCCCCAUGCUUCACAGUAGGUAUGGUGUUCUUUGGAUGCAACUCAGCAUUCUUUGUCUUCCAAACACGACGAGUUGAGUUUUUACCAAAAAGUUAUAUUUUGGUUUCAUCUGACCAUAUGACAUUCUCCCAAUCCUCUUCUGGAUCAUCCAAAUGCACUCUAGCAAACUUCAGACGGGCCUGGACAUGUACUGGCUUAAGCAGGGGGACACGUCUGCACUGCAGGAUUUGAGUCCCUGGCGGCGUAGUGUGUUACUGAUGGUAGGCUUUGUUACUUUGGUCCCAGCUCUCUGCAGGUCAUUCACUAGGUCCCCCCGUGUGGUUCUGGGAUUUUUGCUCACCGUUCUUGUGAUCAUUUUGACCCCACGGGGUGAGAUCUUGCGUGGAGCCCCAGAUCGAGGGAGAUUAUCAGUGGUCUUGUAUGUCUUCCAUUUCCUAAUAAUUGCUCCCACAGUUGAUUUCUUCAAACCAAGCUGCUUACCUAUUGCAGAUUCAGUCUUCCCAGCCUGGUGCAGGUCUACAAUUUUGUUUCUGGUGUCCUUUGACAGCUCUUUGGUCUUGGCCAUAGUGGAGUUUGGAGUGUGACUGUUUGAGGUUGUGGACAGGUGUCUUUUAUACUGAUAACAAGUUCAAACAGGUGCCAUUAAUACAGGUAACGAGUGGAGGACAGAGGAGCCUCUUAAAGAAGAAGUUACAGGUCUGUGAGAGCCAGAUAUCUUGCUUGUUUUUAGGUGACCAAAUACUUAUUUUCCACCAUAAUUUGCAAAUAAAUUCAUAAAAAAUCCUACAAUGUGAUUUUCUGUAUUUUUUUUUCUCAGUUUGUCUGUCAUAGUUGACGUGUACCUAUGAUGAAAAUUACAGGCCUCUCUCAUCUUUUUAAGUGGGAGAACUUGCACAAUUGGUGGCUGACUAAAUACUUUUUCCCCCCACUGUAAUUCAAUUCCUCUGAAUUCCAGUGUUAGGUAAAUUCCAAGACUGCAAAUCCCAAUUCAAUAUUAUCCCCAACAAUUCCACAAAUUCCAAUUAAAAUUCAGUUCCCUCUGGUUUAAGGCUGAUCAUUUCACUGUUCAGACAACCUAGCUAUAUGGGAAAUAUAGGAAUACAGGUUGAAAUGAUUAAAAACAAAUCGUACAGUCAAUUUUUUAAUACUAUGGUCAUUAAUUCCAUUAACUGGGACAUUUUAAAAUAUUGAAUUCCAAUUCAAUUCAUUUCCGAAGAUUAAAUGUUUUUACAAUUCCAAUUCAAUUCCAGUUAAAAAAGUCCAAGCAGUCUAAUUCCAAUUCAAUUCCAAUUCCAUAACUUGAAUACUCAAAUGUAAUUAAAUGUAAAUGAUCCACUUCAUGAGUGAAUUCAAGAAUUGAAUUGGAAUUUCAAAGUAAAUUGGACUUGACCCCAACCCUGACCCUAACCCUGCCGGACACCCUUUCCUACUCUGGCUUCGGGACAACAGGUAUUCACACUUAAACGUUUCCAUUCCUCUCAGAUCUCCACCAGUGUCUAGGAGGUAGGGUCUAGGGGUCGAUUCUGGACAGGGCUGACAUGUUACGCUUAGAGCCAGGAGUUUUUCCUGACCCAGGAAAAACUAUGUUGGUGAUGUGGUCAGGGAAACCUUAGGGCAACUUUACCUUGCUACAGUAGCAGUAUAAUGAUCCUGUUUCCUGUUUCCUGUGUGUAGGUGGUGUGCCAGGCCAAUCAGAAUGGCUCUCAGGCAGAGUGCGAGCUGGGAAACCCCCUGAAGAGAGAUGCUAUACUGAAGUUCUACAUCAUCCUUAGCACCUCUGCUAUCACCAUAGAGACCACGGAACUCACUGUCAACCUCCUGCUGGCUACGUAAGUCCUGGCUGGGCAACUUAUUUUCAUAGUUGUUCCAUUUAACGCAUCUUUGUUUUCUCGUACUGUAAAAAAACACUGUUUAUUUUCAUAUCAUGGCAAUUCACAAGGUGAAUGGCUUUGCUUGGUACUACACUAAUAAAACAUUCAUUGCACAUGGAAGGGAAUUACUAGUUUCAAUAUAUGUAUUCAAAUUGAUAUAGCUAGAAAUGAAGAUAGAACGUUUAUCCAGAUUGCAGUCAAUAUGAUAUGUGUGUGUUGUCUCCUCCUCAGUAUCAGUGAACAGCGAGACCUGGCCCCAGUCAUAGCCGUGGCUAAAAUCAUCAUAGAGCUCCCCCUGGCUGUCAGUGGGUAAGUCACACCCUCAUAUCACUGGUGUGUCAAACUAAUUUUGCCCACGGUGGCCACAUUCAGUACAGUGAGUCAGUAGGUCAAAAACACAUUCAUUGAUUUGAUUUAUUUAAUCCAGGAUAGUGACAGUCCACUCUGUAACACUUGCUGCUGUUUUCAAGGAGUCCUGAGAUCCAUAAAAACAGUAAACAGUGGUACCAUAAGACUCUCAGGCUCUGUCCAGCUGUCCACUGACCCUACCUGUCUGUCUCUGUGUUGUUUCAGGCUGGCCAGACCACACCAGCUGUUCUUCAGUGGGGCUGUGAAGGGGGAGAGCGCCAUGGAGACUCUGGACGAUGUGGGGAGUGCUGUGGAGUUUGAGUUUAUGGUGAGAGAAGAAGAGAGGAGUCAAAAGACGAUGUAGCAUGAUAAUGUAGCAUGAAAAUGUAGCAUGCUAAUGUAGCAUGGAAAUGUAGCAUGCUAAUGUAGCACAGGGAUAUACAGUAUUCUAAGGCUGUGAACCUUGGAAGAUAUACGAUGAAAAGCUAUGCAGUGUUGUGAAGAGAGCAAUAUAUGAAUAUUUUGAUGUGUUUUUUUUAAAUCAUUGAUCAUGUUUCAUUCGGUUAACUAUUCAGUCCUUCAUGUUUUAAUCAGGUGACCAACACCGGGCCGUCCCUGCAGACGCUAGGCUCCGCCUUCCUCAACAUCAUGUGGCCUCACGAGCUGUCCAAUGGGAAGUGGCUCCUGUACCCCACUUCUCUCCACUUCCAUGGCCAUCCAGAAACACCCUGUACCCCCCACACCUCCCUCAACCCACGCAAGUUCACCCACAGCUCUCCUUCUGACGACCAGCCACAGGCUGCAGGCCUGAAGGUAGGCUUUUAGUUGUCUUGAGCCAUAAGGGGUUCCAUAAAUUGAGAUAUUGUCCAGAAAUAACCACAUUGGACAAAAAGUGUACACCUCCCCACACCCAUGAGCUAAAGCAUAAUUAUAUUGUUUGCCUAAAACUAAGUAUUUUGUUGUUUCAUUAGAUUUAUUUGAUCUCUGCUUCCUAUCCCUGUGAGCAGGCCAGGAGGAAGGGGCGGUCCCACCCAGAAGAGGAAGGGCAUGUGAUGACCAAGGGCAGUCUGGGUAGGACCACGCCUGCUGUGGCCGCCUCAGAGAGACGCAAGUCACUCAAACUGGUGAGAGAGAGGGAGAGAGAUGGACAGGGAACAAGAGGGACAGGGAACAAGAGGGAUUACAAUGGGGUUGUAACCAGUGUUGGGGAAUCUACUCCGACAAUAUAGUUUACCAGUUACUUCACACUGGAAGAAGUUAAGUAACACUAAAGCUACGCUGAAGAAAAUACAGUUUACUUAACUAAAGCAACUUUGUGAGAUAUUAUCAUAUCUAAAUCUGAAACGUCAUAGACUACAAAUCGCAAGAACAGAUCACUCUGGAGACAGAUUUGAACAGAAUGUGUAAUUUAUCCUAUUAACCACAUAAACAGAAGUGAGAAUUAUAGGCAGGUCUGAUGCCGAAAAAUAAAGGAAAUUCUGGCCUACUUCACCCAUAUUUUCUCUUCUUUUUGCAAAAAAAGUUGUGUGUAGUUCCAAUAGUUAGCUACACCACUACAUGGCUAUAAAGUAAUUAACUAACACUGUGAAACACUACCAAGAGUUGAAUUUAGUUCAACUGCCACCAAGCUACUGUAAAAUCUAGUUAAAUUACUAGUUGAACUACAUGUAGUUCACCACUCUCCAACACUGGUUGUAAUCAAGCCAGCACCACAGAAAACAUCACAUAGCUCACGUGCUGCAAACAUGCCCUAGAGCCCUGCAUCUCAGCGCAUCCAUACUGUGAGUUUGAUUGAAUACCAGCCCAGCUAUUCUCAUCGAUGGUCUUCCCAACCCUCUGUGUGUGUGUAGGACUGUCUGCUGGGUUCAGCGCGCUGUGUGGUGUUCCAGUGUCCUCUCUACAGCUUCUCUGGCUCAGCUGUCCUCAAGAUCCAGGGACGCCUUUGGAACAGCACCUUCCUGGAGGUAAAACACCACGUCACCUAUCGCAUUGUGUUGUUAUGUGGUAAUAGCAAAGACUACCAUUCCCAUGACGCAAUUGGCCCCACACGACACGUGGCGUCACAGCGCCUUCCUGAAGGUAAAACAAACAAACACGUCACAUUACAUUUCUGUUUUAGUCAUUUAGCAGACACUCUUAUCCAGAGCGACUUACAGUAGUGCAUUCAUUUUAACAUACAGUGGGGAAAAAAAGUAUUUAGUCAGCCACCAAUUGUGCAAGUUCUCCCACUUAAAAAGAUGAGAGAGGCCUGUAAUUUUCAUCAUAGGUACACGUCAACUAUGACAGACAAAAUGAGGAAAAAAAAUCCAGAAAAUCACAUUGUAGGAUUUUUAUGUAUUUAUUUGCAAAUUAUGGUGGAAAAUAAGUAUUUGGUCACCUACAAACAAGCAAGAUUUCUGGCUCUCACAGAUCUGUAACUUCUUCUUUAAGAGGCUCCUCUGUCCUCCACUCGUUUCCUGUAUUAAUGGCACCUGUUUGAACUUGUUAUCAGUAUAAAAGACACCUAUCCACAACCUCAAACAGUCACACUCCAAACUCCACUAUGGCCAAGACCAAAGAGCUGUCAAAGGACACCAGAAACAAAAUUGUAGACCUGCACCAGGCUGGGAAGACUGAAUCUGCAAUAGGUAAGCAGCUUGGUUUGAAGAAAUCAACUGUGGGAGCAAUUAUUAGGAAAUGGAAGACAUACAAGACCACUGAUAAUCUCCCUCGAUCUGGGGCUCCACGCAAGAUCUCACCCCGUGGGGUCAAAAUGAUCACAAGAACGGUGAGCAAAAAUCCCAGAACCACACGGGGGGACCUAGUGAAUGACCUGCAGAGAGCUGGGACCAAAGUAACUAAGCCUACCAUCAGUAACACACUACGCCGCCAGGGACUCAAAUCCUGCAGUGCAAGACGUGUCCCCCUCCUUAAGCCAGUACAUGUCCAGGCCCGUCUGAAGUUUGCUAGAGUGCAUUUGGAUGAUCCAGAAGAGGAUUGGGAGAAUGUCAUAUGGUCAGAUGAAACCAAAAUAUAACUUUUUGGUAAAAACUCAACUCGUCGUGUUUGGAAGACAAAGAAUGCUGAGUUGCAUCCAAAGAACACCAUACCUACUGUGAAGCAUGGGGGUGGAAACAUCAUGCUUUGGGGCUGUUUUUCUGCAAAGGGACCAGGACGACUGAUCCGUGUAAAGGAAAGAAUGAAUGGGGCCAUGUAUCGUGAGAUUUUGAGUGAAAACCUCCUUCCAUCAGCAAGGGAAUUGAAGAUGGAACGUGGCUGGGUCUUUCAGCAUGACAAUGAUCCCAAACACACCGCCCGGGCAACGAAGGAGUGGCUUCGUAAGAAGCAUUUCAAGGUCCUGGAGUGGCCUAGCCAGUCUCCAGAUCUCAACCCCAUAGAAAAUCUUUGGAGGGAGUUGAAAGUCCGUGUUGCCCAGCGACAGCCCCAAAACAUCACUGCUCUAGAGGAGAUCUACAUGGAGGAAUGGGCCAAAACACCAGCAACAGUGUGUGGAAACCUUGUGAAGACUUACAGAAAACGUUUGACCUGUGUCAUUGCCAACAAAGGGUAUAUAACAAAGUAUUGAGAAACUUUUGUUAUUGACCAAAUACUUAUUUUCCACCAUAAUUUGCAAAUAAAUUCAUUAAAAAUCCUACAAUGUGAUUUUCAGGAUUUUUUUUUCUCAUUUUGUCCGUCAUAGUUGACGUGUACCUAUGAUGAAAAUUACAGGCCUCUCUCAUCUUUUUAAGUGGGAGAACUUGCACAAUUGGUGGCUGACUAAAUGCUUUUUUUCCCCCACUGUAGCUGGUGAGACUACAUAUCCCAAUCGUAGCAAGUACAUUUUCCCUCAACAAAAUAUUUAUCAGCAAAGUCAGUGCUAGUAGGAAAAAACAAGUGUUUUUUGAGCUUAUAGCUUAUAGAUAGAUAUAACCUGCUCUCACGUAUUGUGUUAUGUGUUUUAACAUAGACUACUGUUCCCAUAAAGCAAUGCAUAACUUGUGGUGGUUGAUAGAAUUGUAUGGCCUUGUAUGACUACACAAUGAUGCACUUUGCUAGAUGAAGCAUCUGGUUAUUAAAAGUAGUAAUCCUGCGCCUGGUUUCAUCAAUGAACAAACACAACACUACCACUCAACGACACUCAACCUCUCAACAGUGGCCAUUGCUCUCUGUCACAGCUCCAACCUUUAUGUCUCUGCUUGGCACGUUUUCCUGAAGUACCACUUAAUGCAAGUGCAUGUUAACAGUAGCAUUUGUAUCGAUGAAACAGUAACUGUGAAAGGGCAUUAUGAAGGAGUGAGAGCAAUCACAGACUGUAACUACAAAGGCAACACGAGGGCGGGCGGAACAGGAGGGACCCUUUGCAUUGUACUUUGACAAUGUAUUAAUCAGCAUAAGCCGUCAUUAUCCGUGUUCCGUGUCAUUCAUUGUUAUAAAACAAUGAGGAUAAGUCAUGGGAUUUGGCUAAAGCACAGACUGAUCUCAGUCUCUUUCCAGGCUAACCUAUUAUUGAUCAUCUCAUAUAAAUAUAUCAUUGAUAAUGUCAUUGAUAAUGUUUGGCCAGUGUAAUCUCCUCUCCCUAGUAAAUGUCUGUGUUGAUGAGGUCUUCUCUGCUUCUGCUUGCUCUUUGGGGUCUAGGCUGGGCUGCUAUAAAGCACGUUGUGCCAAGACAAGUACUGAUGUUUAAAGGGCUUUAUGUAAACCUCUGAUGGAUACAUCAUUUAUUGAUGAGUUCUCUUGCCGUCAGGAGUUUCCUUCAGACCAUGUUCUGGAGAUGCUGGUCAGAGGCUCUCUAAUCUCCUUCACCUAGUAAAGACAGUGUUCCUCGAGAAGCAGAGAGCAGAAGAGAGGACGCAAGAAGAGAACCGCGAGAAGAGAAUAGGAAGCGGAGAAGAAGAGACGGAAGGAGAGACGAGACGAGCGAAAAAGAUAAGAACGCGAAGUAGAAGGAGAGAUAGAGAGCACGAACGAAAAAGGAUAUACUCCGAUACCUCUCACUCUACACUCUCCCUCUCCCCUCCUUCCCUCUCCCUUUCUAUCUAUCUCUCUCUCUAUCUCUCGCUCUCUCUUCUCUCUCUCUCUCUCUCUCUCUCUCUCUCUGCUUCUUCUCCUCUCUCUCCUCUCUCUCUCUCUCUCUCUAUCUCUAUCAGGAGUCCAUCAUUCAGUGCUCUGGCGCUGCUGGAGAGCCAACAUCACAGUCAAGUCCAGCAUCAAACACCUGGUGCUGAGGGAUGCUGCCGCACAGGUAACACACACACACACACACACACACUGAGAGACACACACACACACACUCAGAAACUCACACUCUUAACUAUUAACAUGAAUAACUAGAGCUAUGAGUAUUUCCUGACCAUAUGACCUGACCAGGAAAAGACUAUGGGCUCUAACUACUAGUGACACAUACACAGUAAAGACAAGACACUUCACAAUAAAGCACUCAUUGCUUUAUAUUGCUGUGUUUUCCCUUUAGGUCCCAGUGAUGAUUUACCCAGAGAUUGGUCUGACUGCCCAGUACUGGAUCCCCUGGUGGUGGAUCCUCAUAGCCAUCCUGGCUGGUAUCCUGGUGCUGGCUCUGCUGGUCUGCAUCCUCUGGAAGGUACCAACACCUAGUAUAACCCAUAAUAAACACCUCUAUUACUGUUCCUACAUAUCCUCUAUUAUGCUGGUGCUGGCUCUGCUGGCAUGCAUACCGUAGAAGAUACAACACACAUCAUAUGACUUAGUUACUGUACCUACAUACACUAUAUAUAAAAAGUAUGUGGAUACCCAUUCAAAUUAGUGGAUUUGGCUAUUUCAGCCACACCCGUUGCUGACAGGUGUAUAAAAUCGAGCACACAGCCAUGCAAUCUCCAUAGAAAAAGAUUGGCAUUAGAAAGGCCUUACUGAAGAGCUCAGUGAUUUUCAACGUGGCACGUCAUAGGAUGUCACCUUUCCAACAAGUCAGUUCAUCAAAUUUCUGCCCUGCUAGAGCUGCCCCGGUCAACUGUAAGUGCUGUUGUUGUGAAGUGGAAACGUCUAUGAGCAACAACGGCUCAGCCGCGAAGUGGUAGGCCACACAAGCUCACAGAACGGGACCACCAAGUGCUGAAGCGUGUAGCGCGUAAAAAUCGUCUGUCCUCGGUUGCAACACUCACUACUAAGUUCCAAACUGCCUCUGGAAGAAACGUCAGCACAAGAACUGUUCAUCGGGAACUUCAUGAAAUGGGAUCUUAGCCUAAGAUCACCAUAUGCAAUGCCAAGUGUCGGCUAGAAUGGUGUAAAGCUCGCCGCCAUUGGACUCUAGAGCAGUGGAAACACGUUCUCUGGAGUGUUGAAUCACGUUUCACCAUCUGUCAGUCCGACGGACGAAUCUGGGUUUGGCGGAUGCCAGGAGAACGCUGCCUGCCUGAAUACAUAGUGCCAACUGUAAAGUUUGGUGGAGGAGGAGUAAUGGUCUUGGGGUGUUUUUCAUGGUUCAUGCUAGGCCCCUUAGUUCCAAUGAACGAAAAUCUUAACGCUACAGCAUACAAUGACAUUCUAGACGAUUCUGUGCUUCCAACUUUGUGGCAACAGUUUGGGGAAGUCCCUUUCAUGUUUCAGCAUGACAAUGCCCCCGUGCACAAUGUGAGGUUCAUACAAAAAUGGUUUGUCGAGAUUGGUGUGGAAGAACAUGACUGGCCUCCACAGAGCCCUGACCUCAACCCCAUCAAACACCUUUGGGAUGAAUUAGAACGCCGACUGCAAGCCAGGUCUAAUCGCGCAACAUCAGUGCCCGACCUCACUAAUGCUCAAGGGGCUGAAUGGAAGCAAGUCCCCGCAGCAAUGAUCCAACAUCUAGUGGAAAGCCUUCCCAGAAGAGUGGAGGCUGUUAUAGCAGCAAAGGGGGGACCAACUCCAUAUUAAUGCCCAUUGUUAUGGAAUGAGAUGUUGGACGAGCAGGUGUCCACAUACGUUUGGUCAUGUAGAGUAUCUCUAUUACCCUGGCUGGUAUCCUGCUGGCUCUGCUGGUCUGCAUCCUCUGGAAGGUACCAACAUCUAGUAUAAACUAUAAUAAACAUAGCUUCCUACAUAUCUCUAUUAUACUGCUGCUGGCUCUGCUGGCCCGCAUCCUUUGGAAGGUACCAACACCUAGUAUUUCUGAUUUAUUGUCACAUCCACCAGAUAGUUUAAAUAAAACAUGAUUUAUUGUCACAUCCACCAGAUAGUUUAAAUAAAACAUGAUUUAUUGUCACACCCACCAGAUAGUUUAAAUAAAACAUGAUUUACUGUCACAUCCCCCAGAUAGUUUAAAUAAAACAUUAUUUAUUGUCACAUCCACCAUGCAGAUAGCCAAUUUCCAUUAUUCUCUUAUCAUUCAAUUUCUUUGAUAUUACCAUCUAGUCCAUCUCUCUGCUCUCUCUUCUCUAGUCCAUCUCUCUGCUCUCUCUUCUCUAGUCCAUCUCUCUGCUCGCUCCUCUAGUCCAUCUCUCUGCUCUCUUCUCUAGUCCAUCUCUCUGCUCUAUUCUCUAGUCCGUCUCUCUGCUCUAUCCUCUAGUCCAUCUCUCUCCUCUCUCUUCUCUAGUCCAUCUCUCCUCCUCUCUCUUCUCUAGUCCAUCUCUCCUCCUCUCUUUCCUCUAGUCCAUCUCUCCUCCUCUCUUUCCUCUAGUCCAUCUCUCUGCUCUAUUCUCUAGUCCAUCUCUCCUCCUCUCUUUCCUCUAGUCCAUCUCUCUGCUCUAUUCUCUAGUCCAUCUCUCCUCCUCUCUCUUCUCUAGUCCAUCUCUCCUCCUCUCUCUUCUCUAGUCCAUCUCUCCUCCUCUCUCUUCUCUAGUCCAUCUCUCCUCCUCUCUCUUCUCUAGUCCAUCUCUCCUCCUCUCUUUCCUCUAGUCCAUCUCUCCUCCUCUCUUUCCUCUAGUCCAUCUCUCUGCUCUAUUCUCUAGUCCAUCUCUCUGCUCUAUUCUCUAGUCCAUCUCUAUGCUCUAUUCUCUAGUCCAUCUCUAUGCUCUCUCCUCUAGUCCAUCUCUAUGCUCUCUCCUCUAGUCCAUCUCUCUGCUCUAUUCUCUAGUCCAUCUCAGCUCCUCUCUAUUCUCUAGUCCAUCUCUCUGCUCUCUCCUCUAGCCCAUCUCUCUGCUCUCUCCUCUAGCCCAUCUCUCUGCUCUCUCCUCUAGCCCAUCUCUCUGCUCUCUCCUCUAGCCCAUCUCUCUGCUCUCUCCUCUAGCCCAUCUCUCUGCUCUCUCUAGCCCAUCUAUCUCCUCUGCUACUACUCCUCAUAGCCCAUCUCUCGUCUCUUUCUCUAGUACAUCUCUCCUCCUCUCUCUUCUCUAGUCCAUCUCUCCUCCCCUCUCUUCUCUAGUCCAUCUCUCUCCUCUCUCUACUCUCUAAUCCAUCUCUCCUCUUCUUUACUUACAUUCCAACUGCGCUCUCUCUCUCUCUCUCUCUCUCUCUCUCUCUCUCUCUCCCUCUCUUCCUCCUUCCCUUCACAUCUCUGUUGUAACUCCCGCUCCUCCUUCUCCUCCCUCCCCAGUGUGGGUUCUUCAAGCGUACAGAGCGCCGCCCGCAGUACGAAACAGAGUACUACCGCGCCCACAUGCAUGCUCAGCCCUCUGAGGUUGAGAAGCAGGCGUCAGACCAAUAGGUUCCUGCCCUCUCGUCUCUCCAAGUGGUAAAGCCAUGCACCCUGGCCUGCUCUGCACAAUGGCUUGCUCUGGACCUUGGCCUGCUCUGCACUGGCCUGCCAGUGCUGUGACUUUGCCUGAGUUGUUAUCUGUAAACCUUUGUAUACCUGAAACAAGUUCAUCCUGGCGUUGUAGGAGGUUGUGUACAUGUUCUCUUCCUUAUGAGAUUGUCCUUCCUGUUCUAUUCAUGAAUAAUCUCAUUUCAUCUGGUCACACGUCACCUGAUUAGAUUAGGUUAGAAUGCCAGAAUGAACUUGUUCCUUGUUUCUCACAAAAUGGUGGUGCAGGAGUGUGUUGACAGCAUAAGGUUAUUAUGCUGUGUGGUGUGUUUACUUUGCUUGUUGUGUGUCACCUGUUUUAUUCAAACUUUACGCAAAUCACCUGGAUGUUUUUGGCUUUUGUGGCACAUGCACAAUGUUUCAGAAUCAGCAACCAAAAUGUUUCCUUGGGUUAAACAGCAACAUCAACCUAGUCUCUCUCUCUCUCUCUCUCUCUCUCUCUCUCUCUCUCUCUCUCUCUCUCGCUCUCUCUCGCUCUCUCUCGCUCUCUCCCACAGUGUGGUUUCUUCCGUCGGGUCCAGUAUGAAGAUAAAGUGCCUCAAUACCAUGCGGUGAAGAUCCCCCGUCAAGACCGGCCCCAGUUCCAACAGAAGGCAGGGAUCCUCCAGAAGAAGGAGUGGGCCACACACUGGAGCGACGGAAGCUCCUGAACAACAACAACAAACAAGGAGUAGAAUAAGAACAACAAACAGCCAUUCAACCCUAUGACACUCACUAACUCUGCAGUGGAACAAACGUGUGCAGACAGACUGACCGUGUCACAACAGUGUUGUGCACAUUGAGGCUAUGUCCUGAUUCUUCACCCUUCUUCUGAAGUGUGCACGUGCACACUUCCCGUCAUGGAUUUAUCAAUGGUGAAAACUCACCCAAGCCAAUACUAUUCUACUGUAUUCUACUGUAUUCUACUUUUAAAAUGACUGGAUCAAUAUUCUGGACUGCUACUGCUACUGCUGACUGACUGACUAUCUGACUGA